UCUUCUUAAGGUCGAUUUUCAGUCUCAGCCCAUUUUCACUGGAAAGCUUUGCUUUUUUUUAAAGUUUUCUUAUUUUUUUUAAAAAAGUGCCUUUUUCUCCUUUUUAUCACUUCUUUUGAUUAAAAAUAUAUCCUUAUAUACAUAAUGUCAAAAUAUCGUGAUGGAUGGAAGAAGAAUCUUAUUUUAUGGCUUUUCUUCUUGGUAUCUUAUAGUUUAGCUGAAGAAGUUUAUCUGACAAGUGAUGACUAUUAUGCUACUACUUGUUCAGGUGUUUGGAGUCAACAAUCUAUUCCAGGAGGCAAGACUCCUUUUAUUGAAGUUACUUUUGGUGAAAAGUCUUAUGGAUCUGCAGCCUUACUUGUAUAUGAAUGGGAAGAUUUUGAUAAGAUUGGUGGUUAUAGUAAUGUCACCAAUGAGAUGGAAUAUAUUUGUGAUGAACAAACAAUACGACAAAACUUAUGUACAAAGGAACAAGAAGGACAAUUCAUUAUUCGCGUACCUGCCAACCAAACAACCUCCAUCUUGACAGAUACCAUUCCUUUGAACCAUACCAUAGAAAAGGCGGCACUCUAUAAAGUAGAAAAGACUGGAUAUUACUGUGUGGCUCUUAUUCCUACAACAUCACCUGGAAGUGAAAAUAGUACUUAUUUUGAAGCUUGGGUUGAAUGGAAAUUCCCAUAUGGUGAACUUCCUGCUGUGGAUUAUCCAAAAUUAGUGUUAUAUGGUGUCUUUGCUCUUGUUUAUCUAAGUGUGGGUGUCUUUUGGGGUAUUCAAACAUUUAGAUAUUGGCAUGAUAUUUUACCUGUCCAACAUUUCUUAUCAGGUGCCAUCUUUUUCUUGACAGUGGAAAUGGCAUUUAAUUGGGGAUUUUGGGAAGCAUAUAAUCAAACUGGCAAACCAUCAUGGUUAUUAUUAGCCUUGGUAGCAUUAUUGAAUGCUGGUAGAACAAGUAUUUCCUUCUUCAUGUUAUUGAUUGUUUGUAUGGGAUACAGUGUUGUAAAACCAUCCUUGGGUUCAGCUAUGAAGAAAUGUAUCAUAUUGGCUUGCACUCAUUUCUUCUUUGGUGUGGUUUAUUCUUUGGGUACUAUGCUUUUAUCACCUGAAACAGCUGGUUUUUUGGUCUUACUUGUGAUUUUCCCUCUUUCCAUUACAAUGACUGCCUUUUAUAUUUGGACAUUAAAUUCGAUCACCACUACAUUGAAUACACUUGUUUUACGAAAACAACAUGUCAAAGCACAGAUGUAUCGAAGAUUAUUCCGAUUAUUGGUAUUUUCAGUGGUGAUGGUAGUAGUGAUCUUUAUCUUGAACAUGUUUACGUUUAGCGAUCGAACAAGUGCAGAUUGGGGAGCACGCAACUGGAAAUGGCGAUGGUUUAUGUUGGAUGGAAUGUUAAAUAUCUUAUAUUUUGUGGUAUUCUUUGUGAUUGUGAUCUUAUGGCGACCUACAGAUAACAAUGCUCGAUAUGGAUUGGAACAAAUCAGUCAAGAUGAAGAAGAAGCUUUGGAUUUGGAACAACGAUUGCAACAUCGACGAAAACCCAAUGGAGAAGAUGAAGAUGAUGAUGCUGGAUUGUUUGAACUUGGUGAUGAUUUCAGUGAUGAUGAAGAUGGUAGACAUCAUGGGGAACGUGUUCAAUUGGUUACUGUCAAUCAUCAUCAUCAUUCUUCUUCUUCUUCUGCUACACCAUCAAGUCCUCCGGCUUAUUCUCCUCCUCCUUCUACGACAGGUGAUGAUGGCAAGAAAAAACAACAAAAUGAAGAACAAAGCGCUUUAUUACAUGUUCAAGAAAGUGAUGAUGAAGAUGAUGAACUGGAUACAAGUGAACAUGCAGGAUUGACGGCCAAUGCAAGGAAACAUUCUUAGUUUAUUUAUGAUUUGAUUUUUUUUUUAAAUAAAAUAAAAAAAAAAUAUGAUUGUUAG